AUGUCUAGACAAACACGAAGCCUUUCUGAACUACCAGAAUAUUAUUCCAAGUUAACCACGAAACAACAACGAAACUGGAGGAAAAAUACAAGGAAAAUUCAAUAUAAUGAGUCAUUACGUGAACAAUAUGCACCAUAUCGUCCAUCAUCCAACAUUAUCAUAACUCACCUUCAUCAUCAAACUUCAGUUGAAACAGUUGAAACAUUAAUUAAGCAAGCAAAAGAAACAAAAAUGUUUACUGUGGAUACGGAAUGUCAGAAAGGUGAACGAGAAGAAUCAGGUGCAUUAGUACAAAUACAAUUUAUUCAUUCAGUUAAUGAAUCAACCAUUAUUUUAGUUGAAACAAAUUUUUUACCUGCACCACAAACAACAUUAUUUAACAAAAUUAAAGAAUUAUGUGAAAUUAUAUUUAACAAUGGCAAUGAUAUAAUUUCGUGGGGUCCCAUCAAAAAAGAAUUUAAAGAAUUUCAUCACCUCAAUUUAAUCGAUAUAGGUAAGAUUGUUGAAUAUAAUCUACAAUUUUUAUUUAGUAAUCCAAAUGGUAAACCUAUAACGCAUCCCGCAAGGGAAAAGCGUGAUGAAAUAACCAGGUGUUCAUUUAUAGAUGAUACACCUGGUGAUAAUGAAUCAGACGAUGAUUAUGAUGAUCAACCAGUUCAAUCAACUUCAGGUGAACCAACAUCAUUACAAGAUGCAGUUGCAACAACAUUUAAUAAAUAUUUGGAUAAAUCAUUAACUCUUAAUUAUUGGAAAUGUGGUAUUGAUUUAAAAUUAAAUACGUGGAGAACAAGAUUAUUUAGUCGUAACAGAUAUGAUGAACAUAUUGAAAAAGAAGAACGAAAUGAAAUGGCAAAAUAUGCUAUUAAUGAUUGUACAUCUGUUGCCGAAUUAUUUAUCCACAUGUAUCCAGAAAAAUUUAAUAAUUAUUCAAUACCACCAGCAAAAAAUUAUAUUAAUGAUUUAUCAGAUAUUAGUGAUGAUGAACCGAUCGAAAUGUUACGACCAAAAUUCAAUAACAAACAACAUGAAUUAAUUGUAACAACAACACAACAGGAAAUGGAUGAAAUUAAUCAACCUGAACCACAACAACCUCAAGAAAUAAACCAGCAACAACAACAACAACAAAAUACAUUAACAAAACAACAAAAAAAAAAUUUAAAACUUAAAGGGAAACAACAAAACCUUCCACAAUUUCAAUUAAAAAUAAAGCGGCCCAUAUACUACCGCUACGACUACCGAAAAAUUCGAUCUCAAUUGCUUGACGAUAAAAUAUACACAAGCAAACAAAUAACAAUUGAUCGAAAAUAUAGUGAAGUCGUUAUUGGCUUUAAAACACAAGAACGAUUUCAAUAUGCAACGAAAAUAAUGAGAAUUAAUUAUUUUUCAAAAGAAAGUUACAAUAAUAGAUGGUAA